AUGUCAGACAACGAUUCUGACGCCCCUGAGGAAUUCACAGCCGAACAGGGUAUUCAACUAGACGAAGAGAUUCGAAAGAUUAAAAGAGAAAACACUAUUAGGGUUAAUACUGAAGAGAAAGAACGUCGAAGGAAAUGGGCUCAAAAGAUAACACCUCGACCAUCCAAAGCUGCUAAAAAAUCUCAAGAUGUAUCAAUAACUGAAUCCCAGGAAGAACCAAACAAUGCUGCAGAAUUUCUUCCCGAAAGCAUUGGCCAACGAAACAAAGCUGUAGGAUUUCUUCCCAAAAACAUUGUUGAAAUGCUUGCAGCCCGCGAGAAAAAUGUUCCCUUAACUGAAACUAAUGAGGAGAAUGAUGAAACAAAGCCUACCACUUCAAAGAAGAGAAAAUCCAAGGAUUCUGGUUUUGAACCUCGUAUUUUGAGCGAAUUAGGUCCUCCUCCGUGCUUACAGAGUGCCUUAGAUUUCUUGAAAGAAAGAAAAAUGGCAGUUCCAAGAUCGUCUGCUGUUUUGAAGAACUCCAACAAGAACUCCAACCAAGCUUCGCGUCUUCUUUCUAGUUCUGGGAUCAUACGCCAGAAAUGA